ACAAGCGUGUGGGAACUGUCAGGGCGCGCAUGCGCGCGCUUCUCAAGUGAGGCGACGGACCUGUGGGAGUGUUAGCGCGGAGGGUGAGGAAGGCUGGUGAGGUGGAAAGAGGGCGCGUGUCUGGUUACUAGGAGACCAGACGCUUUUGUCGGGGAAAAGGGAGAGAGCAGCUUUUGAACCUCGCGCGGGGAGGCUGAAUGGGAGGGCUUGAGCGAAGGAGGAAGCGCGGGCACGCGCCGAAGGAGCGAGCUCGUUGGAAGGGCGGGUGAGCAGGUAGACGUCUACGUCGCUUGGGGCUGUACGUGGCUGGCAGCGUGCCUCCUAGGAAGUAGGCGUCCGAGCGCUAGAGGGUCGAUCCCUGUCGAGUGCACGCGGGCCGCGGGAGUGAGGCGGAGCGAGGGCACCGCGGCCGAGGAGGAGGAGGAGGAGGAGGAGGAGGAGCCCCCCCGCAGAUUACCACCAAAGAACAUGAUUUUGGCCUAGGGGCUCCAAUAAAUGAAGCUGAGAAAUAUCAUAAUACUCCCCAAGAAGUGAGAAACCAAGAGAGACUCAUCUAUACACUAAAUUUGCAGGUUAUACCUAUUAAAUAAACAUACUGAAGAUCUCAAGCAGACAAAUCAUGACUUGGAAGACCAUGUUAGUAAACCUUUGGAACUCAGAAAGGUGUUGAGCAGUUAGACAGAUGGUUUAACCAGCCAGAAUGUGCAUCUUUGUAAAGAAUUGACUAAAGCAGACCAACUAACAGCAGGUGGAAAAAGAAAGAAUUGUUGUUGGAUACAACAUACAGGGACUUUUAAAUACUCAAAGACUGAACUUAGAUAUCAGCAAAAUAAUAUUAUAGUACUAGAAGAUACUAGAAGAUCUACUUGAUUCCUUUGUCAAGACUUUAGGAGCAGACAAAUCAUCAUAAGAGUAAAACUGAAAAUUUGGGAAAGAUGAUUCGAAAUAGAUCUAAAAGUCCUCGACGCACUUCUCCACCUCCCAGGGGAACAAAUUGUGAUACAGAGCUUAUGAAGACAAGAGAUCGUGAGGAACUUAGGUGUAUGUUGGAAAAAUAUGAGCGUCACUUGGCUGAAAUUCAGGGUAAUGUCAAAGUUCUCACAUCUGAAAGAGACAAGACCUUUCUUCUUUAUGAACAGGCACAGGAAGAAAUAGCCCGACUAAGACGAGAAAUGAUGAAAAAUUGCAAGUCUCCUAAAUCAACGUCAACAGCACAUGCAAUCUUACGACGGGUAGAAACAGAAAGAGAUGUGGCCUUCACUGACUUACGAAGAAUGACCACAGAACGAGAUAGUCUGAGGGAAAGGUUAAAGAUUUCCCAAGAGACUGCAUUUAAUGAGAAGGCUCACCUGGAACAAAGAGUAGAGGAGUUGGAGUCUACAGUUCACAGUCUUGAUGACGAACGUCUAGAACAAAUGGCAAAUAUGACUUUGAUGAAAGAAACCAUAACUACUGUGGAAAAGGAGAUGAAAGCACUAGCACGCAAGGCAAUGGAUACAGAAAGUGAACUUGGCAGACAAAAAGCAGAAAAUAAUUCAUUGAGGCUUUUAUACGAAAACACAGAAAAGGAUCUUUCAGACACUCAGAGACACCUUGCUAAGAAGAAAUAUGAGCUGCAACUUACCCAGGAGAAAAUUAUGUGUUUAGAUGAAAAGAUUGAUAAUUUUACAAGGCAAAAUAUUGCCCAGCGAGAAGAAAUCAACCUUCUUGGUGCAACACUCAGUGAUAUGGCUAAAGAAAAGGAAUGCCUGCAAGCAUGCUUGGAUAAAAAAUCUGAGAAUAUUGCUUCCCUUGGAGAGAGCUUGGCAAUGAAAGAAAGGACAAUUUCAGGCAUGAAGAAUAUCAUUGCUGAAAUGGAGCAGGCAUCAAGACAAUCAACUGAAGCUCUUAUCAUGUGUGAACAAGACAUUUCCAGGAUGCGUAGACAACUGGAUGAAACAAGUGAUGAGCUUGCUCAGGUUGCUAGAGAAAGAGAGGCCUUGGGUCGUGACAAUGAUAAACUGCAAGAGUCAGUCUCUAGAAUUAAGCAAGAAAACCAGGUGUUAUCCAAAAAGUUGGCUGAAAAUCAAGUUGAGCUUAGUGAUUUAAAACAGAAGAACCAAGAGAAUAGCAGUGAUGUUAACAAGCUGAAAUCUUUACUAAAGGCUGAAGAGGCUGAGAACCGCCAACUUAUGGAGGACCUUCGAAAAGCCGUUGAACAGGCUGAAAGCUGGGAAGCCAAAGCCCGCCAAACAGAGGCUGAGAACAACACGCUCAAACUGGAACUUCUCAGUGCAGAGGCAGAAAGUAACAGACUAAAAGAAAAAGUGGACUCACUCAAUAGAGAGGUGGAGCAACAUUUAAAUGCAGAAAGGUUGUACAAGUCUCAGAUUUCCACUUUGCACAAAUCCCUUUUAAAGAUGGAAGAGGAGCUUCAGAAGGUUCAGUUUGAGAAAGUCUCUGCCCUUGCAGAUUUGUCUUCCACACGAGAACUCUGUAUUAAACUGGACUCUAGCAAAGAACUACUCAGUCGACAGCUUAUUGCCAAAGACCAAGAAAUAGAUAUGGUGGAGAACGAGUUAGAUUCUGCUCGAAAUGAAAUAGAGCUUCUUAGGAAUCAGAUGGCGAAUGAUAGAAUCUCCAUGCAGAAUCUAGAAGCUUUGCUGGUGGCCAAUCGAGACAAAGAAUACCAGACUCAAGUAGCACUUCAAGAAAAGGAAUCAGAAAUUCAGCUUCUAAAAGAGCACCUUUGUUUGGCUGAAAAUAAAAUGGCCAUCCAAAGCCGAGACGUUGCCCAGUUCAGAAAUGUAGUAACACAACUGGAAGCUGAUCUCGAUAUUACAAAAAGACAGCUGGGGACAGAGCGCUUUGAGAGAGAGCGGGCUGUACAAGAACUUCGCCGCCAGAAUUAUACUUCUACCAAUUAUUACCACAUGAGCUCUACAAUAAAACCAACUCCUAGGUGUCAUUCACCUGAUCGUGCCCUUCAUCGAUCCCCUGAUCGAGGCUUAGACAGAUCACUGGAAGAGAAUCUGAGCUUUAAAGAUUUUUGACACAUGAAGGUUGUUCUUCACCCUCUGGAAAGCAAGGUUAAAAACUGAACUCAAGUUUAUGCUAUAUAAUUGAUUUUAUCUUUUGAAUGCUUGACAAUGUUAAAUGUAUUUAUUGACCUCAAGAGAACAAACUCUGAAUCAGCCAUGGUGUUCUGUUUCACACAGCUUAUCUCUGUUGUUAUUAUGCCAUAUUGCAGUGACUCACCUUAACAUUCAGAAGGAAAAAUGCAUAUGGCUGUAUUGAUCCACACAUUAAUAGUGAGUGUAAAGAAAAAAGAUUUGCCUACUCCGCUAUUAAAGGUUGUGGAAUAACAUUGUUCCUCGAGAGAAAAUAAAGAAACUUAUAAAAAGAGGGAAAAGUGUUUUACAAAACUGAUUUAUUUUCUUUUUUUGGGGGGGGGGUAUCUGAUGUAGUUGGUUAAAUUUUAUCUUUGUGAUUUGUGCUUUCAUGUCUGAAGAAAUUGUGCCAAAAUUGACAAACUUUUUUUAUUUGAUUUGAUCAAUAUCGACCUGGGACCCAGUAUUUCGCUCCAUUUUGGAACCAACUUGAUAAGUUCCACAUCAUCUGAUUUCAAAGAAGUAGAAAGUAUGAGUGUGUCAGUGAUGUUCAAUACAUAACUGUUGUACAAUUCAAAGACCUAAUUAACAAACAUUUUCUGCAAUUGUGUUUACUUCCACUAUUUUUAGAAAGGUAGGUGAUGAUAUAUUUGUAAAGAAUGUAAGAUAACAGUCUGUAUUUUUAAUAAGUUUUCUUAAAAAAAUUAAAGUACUGUAAUCAAAUUUUUUGCCUGUGACAGAUUUCUGUAGUCUGGAGUAUAACUGAAGUACAGUGACAAGUUUUAAAUUUUUCUGAAACCUUCCUAGUUAUUUUGUUAACCUAUUGAUAGGCUUCAAUUUGAUAUGAAUUUGAAUGCCUGAACACUCUUUUAUUAUCUGUUAGCCAUUUAUAUUCUACCCCUUUCAUAGAAAAAAGAAAAAACCCAAACCUGUUCAAUUGUAACUGGACAUGUAACGUAAAUAAUUUUCCCAUUUAUAUAAUUCUUAGCCAUUAUGACCACAGUGGCAUAAAUCAGACUAUUUCAGAGAAUGUCUUUUCAAGUGUUUUAGCAUUCUGAUAAUUUACUCUGGACUCAUGCUAUAUUAUCAUUUAGUUUAAAUCAGAAAAACAAAUCUGAAUUUACUGGUCUAAUAUGAUUAUGUUAGAUCAACAAUGUUAAAUUGAUAGUUAUAAAAUUGCAAUAAAAUGAAUCUUUAAAGAUAUUAUUUAAAAACAUUUUGGGAAAUCUUGUUCAAAAGUUUUCUCACUAACAAGUGAUACUAUAUUUAUGCAAAAUAACUCUUUUCAGGGUAUCAGAGAAACUUAACUCUAGAUCUUUAUGACUACGGUGGAAGGAGAUUAAUUCUUGGUUUUAUCCUAAGAGGAGCUGAUAAAGAACUGAAUGUAAUAGAUAUGUGCUCAACAAAAGGAAUCUUUGUGUAGGAAGACUGGCAUGAGGAGAGUAGAACUCAUGAGAUAGGAAGACUCAUGAGAGAAGAAGUAGAACUCAUUAGUUUCUUUUUGUUGUUUUGUUCCAUUUUCCAUCAUGAGUUCUUUGGAAUUAUAUUGGAUCAUUGCACUGCUGAGAACUCACUUUUUUUAACCACAAGAUGGCACUUGGUGUGUGAAUAAAGCAGACUGCAAAAGCUUACUAGGUUAGCUGUUUUUAAAGAUCAGCAGAAAUUGGCAUAAAAUGAAUUAAAGAGUGGAAUAUGAGUAGGUUUUUUGAGCAUUAUAAAAGGCAAGAAAGUCAAUACGUCAAAAUCCACAGUACUAAAACUGUUUUGAAAAUAGUUUUUGCUCUCUCUUUGGUCCAGAAGUUUUAUCAUGGAAGGGGGGAGACUUGGCAAUUAUAAUUAAGAGCAUCAAGUUUGGAAUAUCAUACCUGUGAAAGAUUGUAUGAUACAAAGCUGAUCUUGAUAUUUUUUAAGAGAAAAUGCAACAAAUAUAUAACAGAAAUUAAUAGAUAGUAUUACAGUAUAUUUUAUGACGUGCUUAAAAUUCUCCCUUGGAGUUCCAAGUUUAGAGUCUGGUCUUUUCCAUUUUAAGUGAGAACUUACCCCAAAUAUACAUGUUUUCUGUUCCACAAGUAGGAGAAUUCUUGUGACCUUUUUGAAAUUGUCCCAUGAUAUAGUUUUCAGAGGGGACUAUCUCAAUUUUAGCCUUUAUGGUAUCAAUGCCAGAGAUUUAAUCUUUCUGCAACUAUAGACAACCAAGGCAAUAUAACUUUUCAAUUAAUGGAGUAUUCUGGGUGGAAGAGGUCUACAUAGUGGAAAGUUUACUAUAAAAGCAGUGAAAAAAUAUUGAAGAUAUAAAGGAAAAUUCCAAAGGAAAGGUCCAUAAGAAUAUUGGCUAUGAUAAUUACAUCUGUUUUAGGCUAAAAGAAGAAAAUGACAAAGGAAGUCAUUGAUUUAUUAUAGAUCGUGAAUCCAAAUGUUUUAUGGCUGAAAAUGAAUUCCUUGUCUAAUGCUGGUUAUUAUAGUUUAGAAACUCUUUGAAAAUACUUAGAAUAUUAAUCCAGGUAUUAAAAAUGUAUAUUUUUUAAAUUACUUUUUUUUUUAAAGCUCUAUUAUUUAUUUUUUUCCUGCUUCACUGCUCAUGAUCCCAUAUUUUCCUGUACUGUGACUGCUUUAGGUAGCAUCCCAUUUUGGAACUUUGGGCGCAUGACAUUUUCACUUUUAUGAAUCUCUUGCUCAGCUGGAAAUACUAUUAUGUGUAGUUUGACCACCUUAUUUAUUGUGUCAAUAUCAUAGAAUUACAACUACUAAACUAGAAAUACUUUAGAUUUUAGGAGUUUCAAGUUGGUCCUUGAAUAGCAAUCACAGAAAAUCUUUUGAGAUUUAAAAUAGUCAGAUUUUGAGCUAUGAAGGUUUUCCUGUAACUGUGACAUUCACUGUAUUAUUAAAAUGGGGGCACUGUGGGUAUUUAAACCACCUAUUUUUAUUAAAUUUCAUUGAAGGUUUUGUGGCUUUUUGU